AGUCCUCAAACUUUACAAUACCUGCAGAAUACAAACUUCCUCAAAGACAACCUUUGUGUGUGCACUCUGUUCAAGAUUUCUCUCAUUCCUCUCUCUUUUUUUUCUUAAAAGAACAAACAAAACAUCCUAAGAGAGUCAUCCAUAAUCAUGGCUCUCUCACAUCCCAUGAUAAUUUUCUCCCUUUUUCUUACAUUUGUAGCCCUCUCUGCUGCACAAUCCCCCAUGAUGGCCCCAACAAUGCCACCAUCCACCAUGUCAAUGCCACCUACUACUUCCACCACCACUCCUCCACCAAUGUCCACCAUGGCACCUCCACCAUCCGCCAUGUCACCUCCUCCAAUGAGCCCAAUGACACCAUCCAUGAGCCCAAUGGGCCCAAUUAUACCAUCCAUGAGCCCAAUGAACUCACCACCAACUCCUGCAGGCCCUGAUAUGGCCCCUACUAUGAGUAUGGGGCCAGGACCCGCAGCAGGACCUAUGGGUGGUGGGCCAAUGGCUUCUCCUCCAGCUCCAUCUAGUGGAUUUGUUCAUGGAAGUAGCAUCAUGGCCAUGCUAGCAAUUCUUGGAAGUGUAGCACUUUUUUUCUAAAAUUGAAUUGGUGUCAUUUUAUUUAACUUGCUUUCACUAUUGUUGUAGAUUACAAUAAUUUACUUUUAUUUGUUGUACUAUUUUAUUUUCAAUUUCUUCUACUGUUCUUUUUUCUUUCUUAUUUUGGUCUCAUUGUGUAUUGUUGAUUUUGUGUGGAAGGAUGAGGAAGAAAUUUGAAGAGGUCUGGUUGGAGAUUUAUCAAACGUUACAUGAUCUAUAUGUAACAUUUUGACAUGCUAGCUUAAUAAGACAAUAUUCUCAGUUUUCCUUA